GUUGUGCUACUGUUGCAGAGCCUCCGCCACCAGGGGCGCUGUUAUCUCCUUUCAUACCCAUAAGCGGGGGAGUGAGAGGUGCAUGAAAUGGAGAAAAAUGGCGGAUCAUGUGCAGGGCCUUGCCCAGCUGGAGAUCCUGUGUAAGCAGCUGUACGAGACCACUGACACCGCCGUCCGACUCCAGGCAGAGAAAGCUUUGGUGGAGUUCACCAACAGCCCUGACUGUCUCAGCAAGUGCCAGCUGCUGCUGGAGAGAGGCAGUUCUUCAUAUUCUCAGCUGCUUGCUGCCACCUGUUUAUCUAAACUAGUGUCUCGGACCAGCAACCCGUUACCCCUUGAGCAACGCAUCGACAUUCGGAACUAUGUGCUGAAUUAUCUGGCGACGAGGCCAAAGUUAGCAGCGUUUGUGACCCAGGCUUUGAUCCAGCUGUAUGCCAGGAUCACCAAACUGGGCUGGUUUGACUGUCAGAAGGAUGACUAUGUCUUCAGAAACGUCAUCGCUGAUGUAACACGCUUCCUCCAGGACAGCGUGGAACACUGCAUCAUAGGCGUCACCAUUCUGUCCCAGCUAACAAAUGAGAUCAACCAGGCCGACACAACACAUCCUCUGACCAAACAUAGGAAGAUCGCCUCCUCGUUCAGAGACUCCUCCCUUUUUGACAUCUUCACUCUGUCCUGUAACCUCCUAAAGCAGGCUUCAGGGAAGAAUCUAAACUUGAACGAUGAAUCUCAGCACGGAUUGCUGAUGCAGCUCCUGAAACUCAGCUACAAUUGCCUCAACUUCGACUUCAUAGGAACUUCCACAGACGAGUCGUCAGACGACCUCUGCACCGUUCAAAUUCCUACAUCAUGGAGAUCAGCGUUCCUCGAUUCCUCCACACUACAGCUGUUUUUCAAUUUAUACCAUUCCCUCCCUCCGUCCCUGUCCCCGUUGGUGUUGUCGUGUCUAGUUCAGAUAGCCUCUGUUAGGAGGUCCCUCUUCAACAACGCAGAGCGUGCAAAGUUCCUCUCACAUUUAGUGGAUGGCGUUAAGAGGAUAUUAGCAAACCCACAGUGUUUGCCAGAUCCAAACAACUACCACGAGUUCUGUCGUCUGCUGGCGAGGCUGAAGAGUAACUACCAGCUGGGGGAGCUGGUGAAGGUAGAGAACUACCCUGAAGUAAUUCGCCUCAUAGCCAAUUUCACCGUCACCAGCCUGCAGCACUGGGAGUUCGCCCCAAACAGUGUUCACUACCUGCUGAGUCUGUGGCAGCGUCUGGCCGCGUCCGUGCCCUACGUCAAAGCCACCGAGCCUCACCUACUGGAGACAUACACCCCAGAGGUGACCAAGGCCUACAUCACGUCACGGCUGGAGUCGGUCCAUGUUAUUCUCAGAGACGGCUUAGAAGACCCUCUGGAUGAUGCUGGCCUCGUCCAGCAGCAGUUGGACCAGUUGUCCACCAUUGGCAGGUGUGAAUAUGAGAAGACGUGUGCACUACUAGUGCAGCUAUUUGAUCAGGCAGCACAGACAUACCAGGAGCUCCUGCAGUCCACUAACUCCAGCGCCGUGGACGUCACGGUACAAGAAGGACGGUUGACGUGGUUGGUUUAUAUCAUCGGGGCGGUGAUUGGUGGACGGGUGUCUUUUGCUAGCACAGACGAGCAGGACGCCAUGGAUGGGGAGUUAGUCUGUCGGGUGCUGCAGCUGAUGAACCUCACAGACUCGCGGCUCGCUCAGGCUGGAAACGAGAGGCUGGAGCUGGCCAUGCUCAGCUUCUUUGAACAGUUCAGAAAGAUCUACAUCGGUGAUCAGGUUCAAAAGUCAUCAAAGCUUUAUCGACGACUAUCAGAGGUUCUGGGGCUGAACGAUGAAACCAUGGUACUCAGUGUCUUUAUUGGGAAAAUCAUCACAAACCUGAAGUACUGGGGCCAGUGUGAACCAAUCACCUCUAAGACACUCCAGCUGCUGAACGACCUCUCGUUAGGGUACAGCAGUGUGAGGAAGCUGGUGAAGCUCAGCGCUGUUCAGUUCAUGCUGAACAACCACACGAGUGAACACUUCUCCUUCUUGGGGGUGAACAACCAGUCCAACCUGAGUGACAUGAGAUGUCGGACCACCUUCUACACGGCGUUGGGACGCCUGCUGAUGGUCGAUUUAGGUGAGGAUGAGGACCAGUUUGAGCAGUUCAUGUUGCCUCUAACAGCUGCGUUUGAAGCUGUAGCUCAAAUGUUGAGUACAAACACAUUCAACGAGCAGGAAGCAAAGAGGACUCUAGUGGGUUUGGUCAGAGAUCUGAGAGGAAUCGCCUUCGCCUUUAACGCCAAGACAAGUUUCAUGAUGCUGUUUGACUGGAUAUAUCCAGCUUACAUGCCCAUUCUGCAGCGGGCCAUCGAGCUUUGGUACCAUGACCCGGCCUGCACGACGCCUGUUCUCAAGCUCAUGGCAGAGCUGGUUCAUAACAGAUCUCAGAGGCUUCAGUUUGACGUGUCGUCGCCUAACGGCAUCCUGCUGUUCAGGGAAACCAGCAAGAUGAUCACAACCUACGGGAACCGCAUCCUGACGCUGGGAGAAGUCCCGAAGGAGCAGGUGUACAGUGUGAAGCUGAAGGGUGUCAGCGUGUGCUUCGCCAUGCUGAAGGCUGUGCUCAGUGGAAACUAUGUCAACUUUGGCGUUUUCCGUUUGUAUGGCGAUGACGCUCUGGACAACGCCCUGCAGACCUUCAUCAAACUACUGCUGUCCAUCCCUCACAGUGACUUGCUGGACUACCCGAAGCUCAGCCAGUCCUUUUACUCUCUGCUGGAGGUGCUGACUCAAGACCACAUGAACUUCAUCGCCAGCCUGGAGCCACACGUCGUCAUGUACAUCCUGUCGUCGAUAUCGGAAGGCCUCACGGCGCUUGACACGAUGGUGUGCACCGGCUGCUGCUCCAGUCUGGACCACAUAGUGACCUACCUGUUCAAGCAGCUGUCGCGCUCCACCAAGAAGCGUCCUGCUCCCAUGGCGUCGGACGACCGCUUCCUCCACAUCAUGCAGCAGCAUCCAGAGAUGAUCCAGCAGAUGUUGUCCACCGUGUUGAACAUCAUCAUCUUUGAAGAUUGCAGGAACCAGUGGUCCAUGUCGCGGCCUUUGUUAGGUCUUAUCCUGCUCAACGAGAAGUAUUUUGCCGACCUGAGGAACAGCAUCGUCAGCAGCCAGCCUCCAGAGAAGCAGCAAGCCAUGCACUUAUGUUUUGAGAACCUGAUGGAGGGAAUUGAGCGAAAUCUACUAACAAAAAAUCGGGACAGGUUCACACAGAAUCUGUCCGUGUUCAGGAGGGAGGUCAACGACAGCAUGAAGAACUCCACGUAUGGCGUCAACAGCAACGACAUGAUGAGCUGACAUUCCACACGGCAGAGUCACACCCAGCUGCAGAGCGAGCUCACCCCUCCCCUCACCCCCCCUCCCAAAAGCUCCACAGCCUCCCCCCUCCCUGCAUCCGCCUCCCCCUGCCCUCCUUCCCUCCCUCCCUGGGCCCGGAUGCCUAGGGAUCAUAUCCUCACCGCCAACACGACGUUGGCUCAACUCCCCACCUCCUUUUUGAUAUAAGCAUAUAUAAAUAUAUAUAGAUCUAUUUUAAAGCCAGUCUGCGUUGGUCUGACUCGUCUGGCUGGAGGGGGCCGGGGGUGCAUGUCUAAGCACUCUAAACUACCUAGAGAGGAAGGCCAGAGUGCCGCAGCUGUAAAUGGAGCCGAGCGGGACGACGGGGGCGAACACCGGUAACCAUAGUAAUCCGCUUCUGCCUGCCUUGUAUAGAAAAACCCACAAAACAAGUGUACAUUUUUUUUCGUAACAUUUUGAACAAUGUUUAUAAUGAUCGAAUUUAAAAACACAGAAGUUGAGGAUAAACACAAAACAAAAACAACGUGUGAUUGAGCUUUUUACAGUGUAGUGAGUUAGUGCGAGCUGUCCGUCUGCGUGGGGAGCGAGCUUUCCACAGGAGGGAGGGGAGGACAGGUGAGUGACAUGGGGUGAGGGCGGGUAGGGGGGGUGAGCACUCCAUGAACAGGAAGCAGAGGUACACACACUAACAGAAAGGGAGAGUCAGAGCACCCAUGUUGUACAUUUUUCUCAGUCUCUGCUUGAAGUGAUGUAAAUAGUCCCGAGGCUGCAGGCCAGUGGCUCUUAGAGGGACACCUGCUGUUUUUCACACACACACACACCCUCCCGGUCAUGAUCUUUAACCACAUCCAGCCCCUGAAGCUAGAUGUGUGUGCAUUCAAAACGGAAACAUCUGAUCAGCCUCCUGAUAACCAUGACACUAAACCUAACCGUCAGUCAUCUGGACUGAUUCAGACAAACCAAUGAGUCAGAAGAACAUUAGCUGAGAAUUAUGAAUGAAAACUGCAGUAUUCUUGUUUGGUCAGUCUCACACACACACACACACACACACACACAGGAGUCAGGAUGUCUGUGAUAACAUGAAAAUGCUUGUUGUGCGGUUUUGUCAGGUUUCAGCCACAGAAGCAUGAGGAUGACCGUUUCAGCCGCUCACAGACCCAGAUACCAAAAACUGAUCAGUUCUUUCUUUAUCAUCAGUUUAUCAAACAAACAUCGACAUCCUGACCCAGAGCAGUUUCUCUGACUCACCAGAACACCUCUACGUUCUAUUUGUGAUAAAAUGCUGCAAUAAUGUCUCAUAAAGCACCGUUUCUUCACAAGCAGCCCAGUGUGAGUAUCAGCCUCCAAGCUGCAGCUGCUGUUUUCCUCCUGACAAUUUUGUUAGGACAGUUUUAUUUAAAUCGGGUUAGAAAUGUCUAAAAUCCUCCACUUAGAUGAAAUAAAAUGAUCAGUAAUUAAUCCUAAUUGAAAGUUUCUCGUCAGUGGUGCUGAUGAUGCUUGGGUCGGAUCAAAGGACCGCAGGCUUCAUCUAAUGUUUAAAUGACCCGUAAAGACCAGCCUGGACCAUAGAUGAUCCUACAGUAGUCGCUUAGACCAAACGCUUUAAUGUCUUGUGAUUAAUACUUGAACAAAAACUACUUAAAAUAUGAAGAAUUAGGAGAAAACAGCAGGAAUUUGUCCACUGGUGGGUUGAAGUUUUGAUUAUCCUCAAAAAGUUUUGUUAUGCAGAUGUAGAGUUCAAAAAGGUGAGCAGGAACAUUUUUGUUUUCUUUUAAAUGGAUUUUAUUUACUUUUUCAUAUGAGUUCUAAAAUAAGACGAAAUACCAUCGAGAAGCUUCGGGAGUAGAUGAGCGAAGCUUUUAGCAUCACAUCUGGGUCACCCAGCUGUCACUCAUCAUGUUUAAAUGCUCAUUUCCUGACCUUUAGUCAUUUAAAAGCUCUAAUUGAAUUUCCAUCACACUAAUAAUUACUUCUCUGAUUUGAUAAAACAACUUCCCUCUCUUUUCAUUCCUCCUGCGUGACUGCUGACAAGUUUGGGCGUGACUCGGGUUCAGCCAUCGCAGCAGAAAAACAGCAGAACAUCCCUUUAAGUCACCCGCAGGCCUGCAGCACGGCGUGCGCACGCCCGCUGCUUGCUGGUGUGUAAGCAACAUGGUUGGGGUCACGUUUCCCCUCUGGUAGGCUCGGUGCAACAUCCACCAUUUUGUUUACACUCUGGAUUCCUCAGACCAGUUUUGGGACGACCCCCCAUUAAAGUCCUGCAGUGGAGUCCUUUUGGUGUGUGUGUGUGUGGUGUGGCUCUGUCGCCUGGUGUGUGUGUGUGGUGUCUUGGUGAAACUGCGAUAGAGCUCAAACAGCCAAGGCAUGUGUGUGUGUGUGUGUGCGCCAGUGAUGAAGACAGACUUGAUCAUCCGGGGAAGCCAGCGUGGAGACGCGGGAUCCUCCUGAAGGAUCUCUGAGUCUGAAGCACCUGAAGAACCUCAGUAGACGUCAGAACCGUGUAAAGAAGUGUUAGCAACGUGUUACUCUACGAUGUUGCUGCUAACUGUCUGUGACACUAGCUCAUCUCUAACCACGUCAGCACUCACGGAUGUCCCUACGUUUUGGUUUGUGUCCCUGAUGUGAAUGUGUUGGGUCCAUAGAGUGAAUAGCUGUUUGAGUUGUUUGGAUGUCUGCUACAUAUAGUGUAAGCAUUGUGACUGCAAAUAAACAUCAUUGAUUUUUA